GUUGCUUCCGGUUUCCGCCGAGGUCCGGCCUUGGUUGUUGGGUCCUACGCUCUUUCUCGGUGAAAGCCACACCAGGGCUGACGUCCGGCAACGAGCUGUGAUUGCGCAGUCCUCUCCUGUCUGAAAGAGUCAGGGCAAUGGACGCAUCUGAGGGGCUGGUGUCAUUUGAGGAUGUGUCUGUGGACUUCUCCAGGGAAGAGUGGCAGGACCUGGAUGCUGCUCAGAGGAAGCUCUACAGGGAUGUGAUGCUGGAGACCUACAGCAGCCUGGCGUCCUUGAAUCAGUGUGAUCUCAAACCUGAGUUGAUCCUGAAGUUGGAGCAGGAAGCUGAGCCAUGGAAGGAAGAAGAUGCCUCAAACCAGAGCUUCCCAGAUACGCAGAAUGUGAAUGCCUGGAAUGAGAUCAGCCAGGACAAGCAAAAGAUAUGUGGAUGCGAUCUGGUAAUUGCCAAGAGCAGCACAUCAGCUAAGGAGAGGUCUAAAGCAGGAGAAACAUUUACUAGCUCACACCGUGCUUUAAGUCUGGCUGUAAAGAAUGGCAUGACUUCUGGAAUGAGACCUGGGGCACUUAAUAUGUGGAGUGAUGUGCUCCUCCCUAGUGGGCCCAGAGAGGUGCAGGCUGGAGAGGAACUUGACCUUCCCCAUGUAACCAGGGUGUCCUCGAGACUUCCUGAGCCUCUUAGUCUGUAUGGGAACACUGAGUGUGAAGAACAUCACUUUCAGUACUGUGGGCCCAGGGAAGCUUUCCACAUGGAGACAGUGUGGUUACAGAGCACAUUCCCUAGGAGGGCUCCCCCCAGGAAGCUGAGGGACUACGGGAAAGGAAUAGAAAAGUUAGCUCUUCCUUCCCAAGGGGGCACUCAGGUACGGGAGCAGACUUUUGGAUGCAAAGUGUGUGGGAAAUUGUUCUAUAAAAAUUUUCAUCUCACACAGCAUUUAAAAACACACAAAGAAAAGAAGUAUUAUAAAGGUAAUAAUUGUGAGCCGAUGCUCAAUAUACGAUCAAAGCUUCCAAAACAUCAGAGCUUGGGUAUGGGAGAAGAGCUUUCAUCAUUAUGUAAUGACGAAGAGAAAUACAUUUGUCAGAAAUCAGAAAAAAGCGUUCAGCAGAGAAUCAUAGGGGAUGGAAGGAAUGUGUAUGGGAAAACUGUGUGCUUAAAAUUCAACUGCAGUGUUCAGCAGAACCCUCGCAGGGGGGAGAGAUCCCAUGAGUGCAAUAUGUCUACAAAGACAAUUAGCAAGUCAGCCCUCCACCAGCCUGAGCCGCCUCACAGAUAUGAGAGAGUGCGUGCAUGUAACACAUGCGGGAAAUCCUUUAACCAUUCGCCAGAUGUCCACUCGCAGUCCAGAGAUCACACAACGGAGAAGACCUAUGAGUGUAAAGACUGUGAGCAGUCAAAACUCACUGUGCCUCGGCAGGCUCACACACAGGAAAAGCGCUACGUGUGCCAUGUCUGUGGAAAAGCCUUUUACAAAAGAGCUCACCUAAAUGCGCAUCAGAGAACUCACACAGGUGAGAAGCCGUAUGACUGUAAAGAAUGUGGCAAAUCUUUCAGGCUGAAGUCGUUUCUUGUUGUGCAUCAAAGAAUUCACACAGGUGAGAAACCCUUUUCAUGUGAUACAUGUGGGAAAAGUUUCAAGCAGAGGACCAGCCUCUACACACACAUAAGAAUUCACACAGGUGAGAAACCCUAUGAAUGUAAAGAAUGUAGGAAAUCUUUUAUUCUCAAGUCAUAUCUCACUGUCCAUCAGAGAACUCAUUCUGGAGAGAAACCCUAUGCAUGUGAUGUAUGUGGAAAAUCCUUUAAGCAAAAUUCCCACCUUCAUGCACAUAAGAGAACUCACACAAGUGAGAAACCUUAUGAGUGUAUCGUAUGUGGCAAAAGUUAUAAGCAGAGUCCAAGCCUCUACACACAUAAGAAAAUUCAUACAAGUGAGAAGCCCUAUGAAUGUAAACAGUGUAGAAAAUCAUUUAGCUUGAAGUUCCAUCUCACUAGACAUCAGAGAACUCACUCGGGUGAAAAACACUAUCAGUGAAAUGUGUGUAGAUGAGCCUUUAAAGUAGAAUUCACACCUGUGUGCCUCAGAGAACACAUGGUGGGAAAUCCUGGGGAGGACAUGGAACAACUCUACCACUAACCAUCUGCCCAUGUUUAUUAGGGCCUUCAGGGGUGAGAAACCGUCAGUGUAAGGUGGGCAGAUUCAAGCUGGUCCAUGUCAGAGAAUUCACACAGGUGACAGCCAAAGGUACAUCAGACAGCUCACAAAUGUGAGAAACUUAAGAGCAUAUAAAUGUAAAAAUAACUCAUUGUUCGGCAAAACACAUACAACCUGGUAUAGUGUAUGUACAAAAACCUUUCUCCAGAUGUCAUAUCUCAGCGGUCACUAGGUAAUUCACACCCUAUGAGAAACCCUCUGAAUGUAGAAAAUCCUUUAGCCAUAGGUCAUUCCUUACUGCAUACCAAAGAAGGCACAAUGGGGACAUCUCCAUGAAUGUUGUUUAUGUGCAGAAAACACUUACUCAAGACAAACCUCCGUGUUCACCUGAAAACUCAAAACUGAGAAACCCUAUGACUGUAAAUACAGUAGGAAGUAUGUCCACCAUAAGCCAUCUGUCGCUGUACAUGAAAGAAGUCACAUAGGUGAGUAGCCCUAAGCACAUAGGUGAGUAUAAUGUCAGCGGAGAACCCUUUAAAAGGUGUCUAGUCUCUUUGCAUUAAAGAACUUGCACCACUGAGGAACCCUGAGAGUAAUCUACACUGCCUUUUCCAGUCGGCAGACUGAACAUCAGUAACUGCUCAAAGCACAUGAAUAAUGUUAUGUGGGAAACUUACUGGAUAUCAGACCUUCACUCGUACAGAUGUAAUCACUGUGUAUCUGAAAGAACCACAUACUGUAAGUCAGACCUCAGGAAACAUUUGAAUUAGCACAGGGAAGACUGAAAACAGGUGGGAAAAUGUUUCUGUGGGAAAUGUUUCUGUGUAAGAAGUUGCUCGGCACAGAUUCUUCCCACAGAGGCCCGAAGUCCAAGAAACGGAGUGCCAAGUGCUCUCCAAGAUGUACUUUCCUUCCUGCACUCAUCAGCCUGUGUCUGCAGUCCAUUUCUGUUAGUGAGCCCUGUGCUAAGCUCUUUAGUGGAAUACAGAUGUGUGUUGUGUAUUGGUUUAUAUCCCACUAUCCCCAGAUCUUACAGCAAACUCUACCUGGGUGCCCGUCCAUAGUUGGCCUGAGAGCAGAUAGCCUCUAGCAUGUUUGGGAGCUAUGCAGAGAAGGGCACUGUGGCUUAGGAUGUGCUUUGUCCAGGGAGCUGUGGUCCUCUUAACAUAUUUCUGCCAUCUCGCUAGUGUUAUGAAAGAGAGGUCUGCAGGAUCUGUUUGUAAUAGUGCAGACCCGCAGUUUACUUUAAAAGGUGGUUGAGACAAAGAGACUGUCUUUUUAGAAACCGUCAGGAGAGAGAUCCUGCUUGCCAUCCUUCAUCCUCAUGAUGCUUUGUGGGAAAGAAGAAAUCCUGAUAAAAUUCCCAUAAAGACCAAAUGUGUUUCUGGUAGGUAUUGUCCAUUAAACAGAUCAUUGAGUGAACAUCUCCUGUAUAUGUGAAACCUUUCCACAGAAUUGCCGGCUAGGUUUCAAAAAUCCUUGGUCAAGGAAAAUCAUCACUAUAGAAGCUGUAUGUUAAUAUUUGAGAGAGAUGUUAAAGCUCACAUUCCCGUCAUUUGUCAAAAUCUGCAUGCCAGGAGAAGAAUAUUGUAAUACUGCCAAUCAGUGGGCAUCAGUCUUCGUCUGGGGACCUUUGUAACACUUACGUAGAGUUUGGGAGAGGCCAAUGGCACAUACAGUGAUAGAGCUGAGCAGCCUACAGUAUGUUGGCUAAUACACUCAUGUAUAUAUGGUUCAUGGAUAUGAGUAUAUCAUAUGAAAUAUAUUCCUUGAUGAUACUCAGCAGAAGGGAAUCUCCAUGGCUUCAUGUAAUACGUGUUGAAAUGUAUGCUACAAUUUCCCUCAUUCCAUGCCAUUCUGGCCUGUUUACUUCUAGCCUCAAACAUUGUAUUAUACACUUCUUAGUCUUGUAGCACAUCUGAAUGUGUGUGGCAGUUGUUUCUGGCUCAAGUAAAUAAAGAUACUGUUUUUCUAACACGA